AUGACUCUUCUAACACUUGGACUGUAUCUGCCUCUGUGGUUUUGUUAUGGCCUGGCUCAAUCCUCUUUUCUGGACAGCUUUGUUUCAUUCCCAGCCGCUCUCAGAUCCCCGGAGCAGCAGAAGAGAUUCAGCCCAUGCUGUUUACUGCCUCCACCCCCACUGUUUCCUCCACCCCCUUCACUUUGGCGCCGCCACGCUCAUAAUGAAGACAUUUCACGUGAUGGCGGUGUGUCAGAGCCGGGCAGUGAGUGCGUCCGAGGCCCCAGCGGGCCUGCUGGUCCCUCUGGUCCUCAGGGGCCACCUGGAUUACCUGGGAUAGGAGGGUUCAAGGGAGAAAAGGGAGAAAUCGGAAGACCUGGGCAAAAGGGUCGAGCAGGUCCCAUUGGACUUCCCGGAAAACCGGGACCAGCUGGAUGGCCUGGACCAAGUGGGCCCAAAGGGGAGAAAGGUGACUCGGGUCUGAUGGGUUUGCCUGGAGCCAGAGGACCAAUUGGGCCAAGGGGUUUACCCGGGUAUAAAGGCGAAAAGGGCUCUCGAGGUGAUCGUGGGGAAAGUGGAAUGAAAGGCGACAAGGGUGGGAUGGGUUUCUCAGGAAUGCUUGGACAGAAAGGUGAAAUGGGUCCAAAAGGAGAACCUGGGAUGUCAGGAAACAGAGGACCCACUGGCCGACCAGGGAAGAGAGGCAAGCAGGGAUCUAAAGGAGACACAGGCGGUGUUGGUCCUAUGGGACCUGCAGGCCCACAGGGAACUCCAGGCCACCCUGGUCCUCCUGGUUCACCUGCCACAGGAUUAUACAUGGUUGGAACAAAGGGUUUACGUGGUCCACCAGGGCCUCCUGGAAAGUGUAGCUGUGGCUCUCUCAGUAAUUCUCCAUUGGAUGAUUUUUCUUCCAGAGGAAACUAUCCCAAAGUACCAGCGAUAUUCGUUGUAAGCAAUGAGGAAGAACUGGAGCGCCUUCAGACAGAUAAUGCUAUUGCAUUCCGCAAAGACCAGAGAUCUCUCUAUUUCAAAGACAUUGAUGGCUGGCUGCCAAUCCAGACUUUUCCAUUCCAGAUGACUCCGUUCCAGUCCAUGGAAAACGCACCUGACGAUGAGGGUUACUGUGGUGACGGGAUUGUGCAGAUUUCCACUGGAGAGGAGUGUGACGACAGAAACAGAGUCGUCACUGAUGGCUGCGUCAAGUGUAAACACGCCUACUGCGGAGACGGAUACCGCUAUGAGGGGGCUGAGGAGUGUGAUGGAAAGGACUUUGGAUACCAGACAUGUAACUCAUAUCUUCCAGGGUCAUAUGGUCACCUCAAGUGCACACCAUACUGUGUUAUUGACUCCACAAACUGCAAGUACUUCACCUGA